GGAUCAAAAUGGCGGAGAAGCACGCAUUUGAGGAAACGUCUGGCUAUGCCUCAAAUGAAUACUCAGAAAAUCCCUACAAAAGAGCUAGGGUCGACAACACAUUAGAGUUUACAGGUUAUCAAGGUCGACAUUAUGCUGAACCCUCGCGUGUCGUUCAUAUCCGUGGCGUCGCGGACGAAGCAACCGAGCAAGACAUCUUGCAAAGCUUUGGUCAAUUCGGGAAAAUUGCAUGUAUAACAAUGAUGCCCAAAAUACGCCAAGCUUUGGUAGAAUUUGAGGAUAUCAGAUGUGCUACUAAUUUAGUACAAGAGACAGCGGCUGGUAACCCUGUCAUAUUGUGUGGAAGGCAAUCAUUUGCUAACUACUCGAAAAGCCAGCAUAUUUCAAGGAAUGUUCAAGUGAAAGAAGACAGUCCACCUAAUCACAUCUUGCUUGUGACGAUUAUCAAUCCACAGUAUCCAGUCACUACAGAUAUUCUACACACCAUAUUUAGCAAACAAGGUGCCGUCCAGAGAAUUGUUGUGUUCAGAAAAAGUGGUUUACAAGCAAUGAUAGACAAUUGAAUGUCUAUAAAAAUGACUCACAAACGUAUUUUUUUACACAAGAAAAAGCACAAGGAUCUCCGCCGAUGAGAAAGCAAGGUCUGCUUAGUCCACCACCUACUCCACCCAUGUAUGGAGGGGGACAUGGUGUACCAUCAGUCCCUGCAGCACAGCCCCCUAUGUAUCACCCUCCAUCAUCAGGGGGAUGUGUUCUUAUGGUGUAUGGAAUGGACAAAGACAAAAUGAACUGUGAUAGGUUGUUUAAUCUCCUGUGUUGCUAUGGCAAUGUCAUGAAGAUCAAGUUCUUGCUUGGUAAACUUGGUACAGCUAUGGCAGAGCUGAAUGACCAUGUGGCAUGUAAUACUGUCAUAGAGCACCUUUCAGGAAUUGAACUUUUUGGCUCAAGAAUGGACUUUGGGUAUUCAAAACAAAGCUACUUAGUAGAUCCCACUAACAUACCCAACUUAGCUGAUGGUACUCCUUCAUUCAAGUCCUACGCUCACUCAAAGAACCAUCGCUUCAUCAGUCCAGCUGCAAGUAGUAAAAAUCGAGUGUUUUCUCCUACUAAAGUUCUUCACUUCUUCAACGCUCCUGCUGAUGCAGACAAAACAAGCCUUGAGCAGAUGUGUAUUGAAAAUGGUGUUAGUCCCCCCAUUGCAGUCAAGGUCUUUACACCGGCUGCGAGGAGCGCCUCUGGACUAAUGGAAUGGGAAACCGGUCAACAAGCCUUGGAGGCUUUAGUCCUUUGCAACCAUUUUGUGGUGAAAAACGACAGUGCGAAGACCAUCUACACUGUGAAGUUAGCCUUCUCGUCGACUCCCACUGCUCAGUGAGAAUCCUCGGUAUUGCUAAAGCAAAGAGUGUACAGACAGAUUUGUUAACCUCCAUCCAGCACGUACUAUGGUAGAAGGGACAAAUCGGUUAUUUGCAGAUCUACAAAAAGAUUUUCAUACCAUCUAAAAAGUAUGGAAAUCUUUAGAACACUUACAGAGAUAAUACUGGAUUGUAAACAACAUUUCCUUAGUCAUGAAAAAUGUACAGUAUUUGUUCGUAGUUUUGGUGUUUUACAUUUCCAAGAAGCCUAUUAACGAGUUUUAUCUUGUAUCUGUGACGUAUUACCACAGGUAAUCCGCAUUAUAUUAAGAGCGCAGUUUAUUAAGAGCGCGCGUCGAUACAUAAAAGUCUGCUCAGCUCGUUUUUUUCUUCUCUAAGAAAUAUUUGGCAGCCUAGGGUCUUAUCAAGUGUUUUGGGAUUAAAAUCAACACAAUAAACAC